UCCACAACAUCCGCAACACCGUGACCGAAAUUCACGAACUUUUUACCGAACGAUCCGAGUUUGCACAAGAAAGAUCGAUUAAUGUAAAAACUGUACAAUCGGCCGCCAAAACCGAUGCAGCCAGUGAAUAGUGAUAACACUAUUUUCCCAGUUACUACACACCAGUUUUUGUGGAGACGUCCUUUACGUUCUAAAUAAGUUCCGCAAUCUGCAGUUUGUUUGUGGAGCAAAUCAUGGCAGCUAUCUGGACGAUUCUGUUUUCCGUGGCCUGUUUGUUGCUGUUGCGCCUGGUGCAGCUGCUGAUCUCAGUGCGAAGAAGGCGGAGCACCUCGACGAUCGCGCCACGCUCCAGCCCAGCCCGAACGAUGAUCGUGAUGGGAUCUGGAGGCCACACGGCGGAAAUGUUGCGCAUAGUCGAUCGGCUGGAUAAUGCGUGUUACACGCCUCGACAGUACAUCAUUGCAAGCACCGACAAAACGAGCGUUGUGAAAGUUAUAGAGAGCGAAAUACGGAGAGAGCCAGACACAGCGAAUCAGACUUACGAAAUUAUCACGAUUCCGCGCAGCAGAGAAGUCCACCAGGGCUACUUCUCGGCCGUAGCCACCACGUUCAUGGCGUUGGUCCAUAGCGUGCCGAUCGUGCUGAAAAGUCGACCGGAUCUUAUUCUCACGAACGGUCCGGGUACAUGCAUCCCCAUUUGCAUUGCUGCUUUCUUGGCGAGACUCUUGUUUCUUAACACCAAAUGUAGAAUAGUGUUCAUUGAAAGUUUUUGUCGAGUGCGCAGUCUUUCGCUCAGCGGACGAAUCCUGUUGUUCAUCGUGGACAUGUUCGUUGUGCAGUGGCCAGAGCUGGCUCAACAAAUUGCUACUUCUCGAGAGAACGUGCAAUGUUUCGGACGUCUUUAGAAUCUCUAAG